GACCUUUAAUUAGAACCACUGAACUACGACGACCCAAGGGAUCGAUGGAAAUUACCGAUCGAGAUAUUGCUUUCAUUUAUUAAGCUAGCUAGCUCAUCGCCAACUUCUUGCUCAAAUUCCAUUUCUAACUUUCUACGUACUUUCUUAUACUUGCUCGUGGCAGGCUAGAAUCCAGAUCUAGCAUUACAUUUAGCACUACUUUGAUCAAUGGGUUGAAGAAAAGGGUUGAAGAAAAUGAUGAGAGAAAGUACAAAGGAAAAUUAGAAAAAGAGAAAGAAGGGAAUUAAAAUACCAAAGAAGGUGACAUGGUUUUGCAAAGGCAAAAGUCUCGAAAAAUCCUUGAUGAACAAACCCAGUGAUUUCCUACGUACGUAAGAAAGGGUUUAGUCUAUACCCGAGAUGCUCGCUCUUCUACUCAAGUUGGUACAUAAAAGAUUUGAAGUCACAUGAGCCGGGUAGAGAUAAUACUUGGUAUGUAAGCGUAAAGCAUCUGUGUUAGCCUUGUCGCAUCUGCCAUAAAUCCCUUACCAAGAGGGAGCAAAGAAAUAAGAAACAUCAUUAGAGAUCGAUGGGGGAAAGCGGUGGCUCUGAAUGCUCGAAGAGAAGCCGGCCUUCUGACCAAAUUGAGGAUGGAAGCUGUGAGAGCGGAGAGAACGAUGAUGAAUGCGAGCCUCUUAAUGGAGGAAGCUCAAGCAACAGCACUGUCGAAGAGAGCGAGAAGAAGACGUCAGUGCGGCCUUAUGCUAGAUCCAAGAUGCCUAGGCUCCGGUGGACGCCUGAUCUUCACCUUCGUUUCAUUCAUGCUGUUGAAAUACUGGGUGGACAAGAGAGAGCAACACCAAAGAUGGUUCUUCAGAUGAUGAACAUCAAAGGACUAAGUAUUGCACAUGUCAAGAGCCAUUUACAGAUGUUUAGAAGCAAGAAGGUGAACGAUCCGGACCAAGUAUUAGCCGAUCAUAGGCAUCAUGUGGAAAGUGGAGAUCGAAAUAUUUUCAAGCUUAGCCAGCUUCCCAUGUUUCAAGGAAAUAACCCAGGCCAUAUUUCCAACUACCGAUUAGGAGAUGCUUCAUCAUGGAGUACUGCUUAUGAAAACUUGUUGGGUUUUACUGCGGGCCCUAGCUCCAUGAAUAAUAUUUCCAGCACCGCUGGAUUUUAUGAAAAGGUGGGUGAGAGGAUCUUUGGUAGCAGCUAUAGCAAUUAUUGGACUGACUGCAUGAGUUUCCGUCCGGGGAAUUCUACUUUCUAUAAACAGCCAACAGCCUGCAGGAGAACCCAGGAAUUGAGAGAUGGAGUUAACAAACACGACUCCAGCUUGCAGACUCGAGCAAGAAUAGUACCCAGUACUCGUAGUGAUCUUAAUCCCGUAACCCAUCCGCAAGCGGAAGUACAACAAGAACAUACAAGUUCUUGUAAUGACAAUCCCAUUUCAGAUUUCAGCAAAACAACCAAUGUAAAAGAUCAUGAGUGGAAUACGUUGAAAAGGAAGGCCUCGGAAUGCGAGCAGCUCGACUUGGAUCUAUCUCUUCGGCUAACUCCAAGCUGGAAUGAGGAUCAUGAGAACCAGAGAAUCAGUUCGGGGGACUCUAAAGUUGAGAGUGAACUCUCCCUUUGUUUGUUCUCAUCACUGUCAUCCUCGAGUCUUCAAAUUUUGAAGGAAAGACGAGAUCAUGCGGGUAAGGAGCAAGAAAGAAGAAGGGCAUGUACUCAUGAUGAUCAUGAUCUGGAUUUGACUAUAUGAAUGAGGCAAUUCUUAAAGUGAGAUCGAUGAUCUAGAUCAGGUACUUGUCCAGAACAAUGCAUUCCAUGAUUGUAUUGUAUGUACGUACCUUCAUUAAUUAUUCAAAUUAGUAGACACCAGUACGUACUUUCUCGAGGU